AUGUUCUUCUCCGAGAGCUUCGAUAGCGACAACUAUCCUUCGACGCAAACCCCGAAACCAACACCGCCUAAGAUCAACUGCGUCAGUAUGCAGGAACCGUCUACUCUGGAAGUUUCCGUCGACUCACGAGAGACAAACACGACGCCGGCUGACCUCUCGCCCUCCAUCGCAAUCUCCAAUUCUGAUGGCCUGAUCGAAUACUGCCGUAUUCUCUCGGAGACACGGCGGAUGGAAUGCCAGCAACUCCGAGAGGUUAUCCGAGCGUUGGAGAACAAGAUUAACCGGGCGGCAAAGCGCCAAGAUGAGCAGCAGAGGCUGAUUGACCGACAGCAACGGGUCAUCAACCUCUUGGAGCACGAUGUUCGAAGGAGAUAG